AUGUUCCUGCUCAUUGCCAUUACUGCAUCGAUUGGCAGCGUCCUAUUAUACAUUGUAGUAUACGCUAUGACUCGAAAAAGUGUCCGUCGUGCUCGAAAAACUCAAAUGGGGUCAAAAGCAGCUGAUGCAUUUGAGCGUCGACAACGUAAACUUACCAGAACAAUGAAUAUUUCAUGUGUGAUAACACUGAUUUUCUACGUAACACCAAUGUGUGUACGAUUUUUCAUUGGUGGCACAAUUGAUACGACAGUGAACGACUUCGUGACAGUGUAUUCGGGAAUUAGUUGCAGUUUUAAUCCACUAGCGAUCCUUGCGGCUUUGUUCAUUAUGCAGGAAGAUGUGAAAAGAGCUGUUCUGAGCAGUUUACCGCACUGCUUAUGUCGGCUCGUCCCAAGUGCCGCACCGGAAAAAACGUUUGGUGGCAAUCUCUCGAUAGCAGUUAAUCCCACAGCCCAACAAGAAAACACUACGACCACAGUUUUUUGGCGUAGGCUACAGUGGAGUGCCAAAACCAUAUCGGCCCCACAACCUGAAACGCAUGUGUCUACACGAAAGCGCCGAUCAUUUCCAUCGAUUUGGCAGCGCCAAACUACGAAGUGA